GAGAUUAAACCCCCUUCGGUUGGCCUGCUGGGUUAAGGGACUCGCUAUAUUUUGUUAAUUGAUUUUUAUUUUAUUAACUCCUUCCUUCGAUAGCAAACGUUAAUUCUCUCACCGGUUUUGUUUAUUUAUUUAUUUAUUUUUUUUUACUCCGAAGAAAGCGAAAUUUCCGAGAUGUCUUCAAACGAAGACAGAGCCAAGGAGAUCCUGAAGGGGUUCAAACUAAACUGGAUGAAUUUGAGGGAUGCUGAGACGGGCAAGGUUCUUUGGCAAGGGACUGAAGAUCUCUCUCUUCCAGGGGUGGAGCAUGAAGCUCGAGUUCCCAAAAAGAUCUUAAAGUGCAAAGCAGUUUCCAGAGAACUGAAUUUCUCGUCGUCUGAAAAGCUGGAAAAAUUCCGUCUGGAACAAAAGGUUUUAUUUAAAGGCCAGUGUCUAGAAGAGUGGUUCUUCGAGUUUGGUUUCGUCAUUCCCAAUUCCACAAACACAUGGCAGUCUUUAAUAGAAGCAGCACCAGAGUCUCAGAUGAUGCCCGCAAACGUUUUAACUGGCAAUGUUGUCAUAGAAACGAAGUUCUACGAUGAUGACCUCCUUGUUAGUACAUCCCGGGUACGACUUUUCUAUGUCUAAAGCUGGACAUUUUUUCCCUUUCUUAUGGAAGGGGAAAAGGAAAAACAUGCAAGACUGCAAUGGUCAGAAGGGGCCAUAGGUGAAAAGAAUAUCUCUGUGACCAGGUCACAUCAAUGGGAACUUUGCAAGAACACAAAAUCCAAGCAAGUUAGCAUCACUUCAGCUUACUAAAGAUUUGACUUUUUGUAUAUAUGGGAAAUGAUGCUUAUUGCACCCAAUCUUGUAAAUUAUUUUAUUUGUAUAUUGCCCCCUUUUCUCCUAAGUUCCCUUUGCAAUGUACACUACUUUACUGUCACUUUGUAUUUAAAAAAAAUUCUUUUCCUCCAACUGUUGUGAUCAGUCAUUUUUUCUAGAUAUAACAAUGUAAAAUAGGUUGUUAAAUACUGAAUGUAAUGAUGAAUUAAAAUGUUAAUAAGUUAAAUGUUUUUUUAAUAGGUGCACAUUUUUUCCCUUUGUUUUAUACUUAGGUACCUAUUCAAAGAGCCCAGUCCCCCAUGGUUUCCCCUCUGCCGUUCCUCCAGUUGUAAUUGGUUCAGUGUCAUCUGCAAGUAGUAGAUUUCGCUGAAACGGAAAUCAAAUAAUUUGUAAUAACACUUGAAAGCCAGUUACCAAGGACAAAUGUUAUAAAUGGUUCGUUUUGGUGACUUCCCUCUAACUUCAGGCCAUGAAUUUGUAAAACGUUACACCGCUAUUUGUAGGUCUUACAAAAUGGAUUCCCUGUUCUUAUAUUGUUUCAACAAGGUCUUUUAUGUAUUAUGAAAUGCACCUUUAACUUCACCUUGUUCAGGCUUUUAUUAAAAUAUUUCGGGACUAUGGCAAAA